AUCACAAGCAUCGCUUACCUAAGGAACACCACGUUGCAGCACGCCCGCCCUGCAACCGCAUCGCGAAACAGGUUGUUGCAUCCGAUUCUCAAUUCUCAAGCUACCUCGGGGCACUUCUGGGAAGAACAGUUUGAAUCUUGAUCGCCUGGCUUCUCGUUGUAUUACCGCUUCUUGUCCACUUUCUACGGACAACUCCCGAUCUUGCCUGACGCAAGGUCGCAUCGCCAUGGCUGAACAGAUUCUGGACCAAGUUCGGGAUCUCGCCGAGGGCCAGAUUGACUUUGAAGGACAAAAGAAGGCCGAGCUCUUGUCUACUUUUCUGCUCUCUGCGUUCGGGGUACUCACGUUCAUCGUCGGCUUCAUCCUCCAAGAUAUCAAGCUGGCUGUCUAUAUUGGGCUAGGCGGCACGGCGCUGACGUUCCUUGUUGUCGUGCCACCCUGGCCAUUCUACAACCGGCACCCAGUGAAGUGGCUGGAACCACAAGGUGCUGUCGGCGACAUCACAGUCGUGGAGAAGACGGGAUGACGAGCGGGAGUAAAACAGAUGAGAAGUUGCCAGUGGUUCAUAUCAAAGUACGCGAGUUCCGUCGUGCCAGAAGCGCUAUUCGUGCUGGCUGUUUGUUGGUCCAUGAUAUCAUGCUCUUCCGCCCUCGUUGUUGCCACCUCCCAUUGUUGCCGCUGCCCCAUCAGAUGUACGUUCUCUGCCUGCGUGCUUCCUGCCGACGGGCCCUUAGGCAAAUGACCCAUCUCUCCUUAACGGCCAUAUUUCUGAAAUUCCCAGUCACGAUUAUCUAGAGGGCAUACUUGUCGAGUCUUGAGCCAUCGCGAUAUGCAAUGGAAGUGGAAGG